AUGAUCCGCUUGUGUGGCCAUGUUACAUUCCGGUUCGUCCCCGGCAACAUUCAUGGCGAUGCUGUCAAACUCGCCAACCAACCAUUUCACCCUGAUUCAGAUUGGAUCACUUCUCUUCGUCGGAUCUCGAGUAGAAAUAACGAGAAAGACUUCGGCGAGAAACUGGUAGUUGUACUUUCCACAAACAUCUUACAUGCAUACUUCGAAUACUUCAGAGAUAAGCUCACGUUCAACGGGUCUGAACCGGCCAAGAGAAAGUCUGACCUCUGUCAUUUCAAAAAUGUUACGCCGGGCUAUUGUCGCAUCAAAGAUGGCAACGGACGGGAAAUUGGAAGCCCGAUUCUCAUUAUGGCUUCCUUGGGAAAGCACCUCAAGCUGCCAGACCAAGCCUCAAAAACGAGGGUGCGAUUCCCAAUACAUGCAAAGAUGGUAUACUUCAUAGCUUGUCUACUGUUGGUCACGGCAUACGUUGUGUCUAUUGUUAUCUACAGGUUAUUCUUCAGCCCUCUGGCUCGUUUUCCUGGGCCGAAAUUGGCCGCUCUCACAUUCGGCUACGAGUUCUAUUACGACUUUUUCAAAGAUGGGGGUGGUCGAUACUGGGCUGAGAUCAACCGCAUGCAUGAUGUAUCAGGCCCCACAGUGCGUAUAAACCCAUGGGAAGUGCACAUUCGGGAUCCAGAGUUCGCCGAAGCCUUCAAAAUCUCGAGAAAGACGUCCCGGCCGUGGUGGUAUUACCGGUCCAAUGGUCCGCCGAACAGUGUCCUACAAGCCGGCCCUCAUGAGCUACAUCGGAUGCGCCGCGAGGCUAUCCUGCCCGUGUUCGCCACCCCUCUGGUCAUGUCUCGCGAACACUUAUACGAGGCGCUGGUCCAAAGAUUACUCGCGAGAUUCCGCGCUGCCAAGGGCACCGGCGCCGUAUUGACCUGUGAAUCAAUCCCCUUCCCUCCCAAUUUCCCUAUACCUCUACUUCCCCAUCUGGGUCAUGCUUUUCGAUGCCUCGCCAUCGAUCUGACGUGCACCACGAACCUCGGCUACGACUUUGGGUUCGUCGACGUCGAGGACUUUGAAAAUGACAUGUUCAAGAUUGCGAGGACUUUGGGUCGCAUGAACAUGAUCAGCCGUCACAUCGGACACUGGUUCUUUGCCGUAAUGCGAGCACCUGCGCGCUGGGCCAAGCGCGCAGAGCCUGUCAGUCCUGGAAUGAUUCGUGUUCUACGAUUCCGGAACAUGAUCGAUCAGGCCGUCACAGAUCAGUAUCGCGCUGCAACGACCAAUACAACAAAUGUACGCGAAAAGACUGUUAGUAGCGCCGGCAGCGGUAAUGAUAGCUUCAAAUCCACCGUCCAGCACAUUCUCGCCUCAAAUCUCCCAGCCCACGAAAAAGAGUUGACGCGCGUGGUAAACGAGGUCUGGCUCUGCAUCAACGCGGGCAUCGACACAGAAGGCCAAGCCAUCGCCUUUGCGACCUUUAUGCUCCUAAGCCACCCCAACGAGCUCGCACGGCUCCGCAAAGAGCUAGCAGGAUGCGAAAAGAGACUCGGCAGACUCCCCACGUACCAAGAGCUCAAGGAGCUAAACUACCUACACGCAGUCGUCCAGGAGUCGUUCCGUCUAAACCACCCCAUCGCUGGCCGCUUGCCCAGAACUGACCCGGACAAUGAGAUUCAGUACGGGGACGUGGUGAUACCCCGGGGCGUCACCGUUUCCGUUUCCACGUACGAUAUCUACCUUGACGCCAACAUCUUUCCGGAUCCGCACAGAUUCGAGCCCGGACGUUGGCUUGACCCGAGUGAGAGGAAGCGCCUUCGGAAGUACGUCAACAACUACGGCCGCGGGACCCGCAGCUGCGUGGGGAUGGACGUGGCCAAUAUGGGCAUCUAUCUGACUCUGGGACGUAUCUUCGCUCCGUCAGCUGGCUUCGAGCUAGCGUUGCAUGAUACGCUGUAUGAGCGCGAUGUCGCCUUUGAUGCCGACUUUUUCGGGGCGUUUCCCAAGAGUGGUUCGAACCACAUCAAGGCAAUUGUAGUCUAG